AUCCAUAGGCAAGUUAGGGCUUCGCCAGGUCUCCGUCCUGCCGCGGCCUCGUGCGCCUCCCCGGUCUGCGCCUCCAGGAUGCUGAAGGCCCUGAGUGACUUAGUGUGGCAAGAAAGCAUCUGGCUGCCGCCAGGCAAGACAUGGGCGGACAUGGAAGACCUGGACGGCAUAGUCGUGGCCCAUCCCCGGGACUUACUAUUCACGGUGCCCCUGACACUGAUGCUGUGGACAACACGCCUCGCCUUCAACAGAUUCAUAGGCAUGCCCCUGUGCCACUGGCUGGGUAUGCGGGAACCAGUCAGGAAGCCGGUGCAGUCCAACCCGACGCUGGAGAAAUAUUUCCUCCAGAAAGGACGGAACCCGCAGGAGGCCCAAAUGGUCCUCCUGGCUGCCCAGUGUGGCCUCACACUGCGACAGACUCAACACUGGUUCCGUAAACGCCGGAACCAGGAUCUGCCCCGCAUAGACAAGAAGUUCUGUGAGACCAGCUGGAGGUUUCUUUUCUACCUCUGCACCUCCAUCAGCGGCACCUUGAUCCUAUACCCUGAGCCGUGGCUGUGGGAUGUGGCAGAGUGCUGGAGAAAUUACCCAGUGCAGCACGUGAAACCGACCCUGUCCUGGUGGUACCUCACGGAGCUGAGUUUCUACAGCUUGCUGCUCCUCUCGCUGCCCUUCGACAUCAAGCGCAAGGACUUCGGGGAGCAGGUGAUGCAUCACUUCAUGGCUGUCUUCCUGAUAUUCUUCUCCUACGGCGCAAACAUGCUGCGCCUCCGCCCAGCUCCUCUGGCUCUGCCCCAUGGCACCUUUUCCUCCAGACAAGUCCCACCUUACCCAGCUCCCCAACCCCAUCCCUCCAUCCCACCUAGCCCGGGUCCUGAGCGCCUUUCUCUGCUGCGCUCCCAGCUCUGCAAGAUGCUCAAAUACAUGGGCUUCUCGCUAACCUGCGACAUCCUCUUCUUCAUCUUCGCCUUGCUUUUCUUCUACACCCGCCUCAUCCUGAUGCCCACCACGAUCAUCUACUCCUUCUUCUCCGACUUCUUCAAAGUGCUCAACCCCUUCCUGGGCUACUACUUCUUCAUCGUCGUCCUGGUGUUGCUCAACGGCCUGCACGUGUACUGGUUCAGCCUUAUCCUGCGCAUGCUGUACAACUACCUGGUGCAGGGUCAGAUGACAAAGGACAUCCGCAGUGAUACGGAAGAGUCCAGCUCCAGCAGCGAGGAGGCAGCCGCUGAGCAUCACCCCCGGCUGAAGAACGGGGUGGAUCGAGGGCCCGGGCUGGCCCUGGCUGGUGGCCACCGGUACCGGGCAGCAGAGCAGCCGGCCAAUAGAUACACCGUGGCUGAGUAGCCAGCAGGGCCUAGCUUUGGGGGGCGGCUGGACAGGCAGCGCUGCGCCCACUCUGGGGACGCAGGGAGGCCCCACCCACGGCUGGCAAGGGGGUGAUGAUCCGUUCCCAGACCCUUCCUCCUGGACAGCAACAGGACACCAGUGGCCAUCUACAGCCACCUCAGGCUGCAGCCCUGGGGGCUGUACGGAGCCCUGGCUGAGAGGAGAUCAAGAUCUGGCAUGGUGGUACGCACCUGCCGUCUCAGCCCUUGGGAGGCUGAGGCAGGAGGAUCCCCACAAGGUCCAGGCCAGCCUGGACUACACAGUGAGAUCCUGUCUUACAAACAAAAGAAGAGAGCUUCAAUAAAACUUGAACUGAAUUCUCUGCAUGAGAACCUGGGUCCCUGUCGAGCUCCUGCCUCUUCCCCAAA